AUGGAUGAGGAUUUAUAUGAUGAGUUUGGAAACUACAUUGGUCCAGACAUCAACGAUAGCAGCGAUGAGGACAAGCGCCAAGAUGGAGAAAGAUCUGAUGAGGAAGAAGAUGGAAAGCAAGAUGACUGGAUGAGGGAUAUCAAAGAUCUUAAAAAUCAAGCAAAUCUCAGUGAAAAUGGCUCUCAAAUGCAGGAUGAGCAAGAAGACAGGGACGAGCAGUAUUUCAAGCAAGGCUACUAGAUAGUUCUGCAUGAGGAUAAGAGAUACUAUCCAGAGGCAGAGAAAAUAUAUGGAAAAGGGGUUGAGACUCUAGUGAUGGAUGAAGAUGCAUAGCCUCUUACUUAACCAAUAAUUGAACCGCCAAGAGAUAAGUCAUUUUAUCUUUACGAAAAAGAUAUACCUGAGACUACCUAUUCUCUUGAAUAUAUGUCUGGACUCUCGACUAAGCCUUAAUUGAUUAGAAAUGUAUGCAUAGCUGGACAUCUUCAUCAUGGAAAAACUCUACUCUGCGAUAUUCUUUUGCAAUAGACACACCAUAUGAAGAAUUGGAAUUUGAAUAGAGAAUACAAAUGGACUGACACAAGAAAAGAUGAAGUAGAUAGGAAAAUGAGCAUCAAAGGAGUUCCGAUGACUCUGAUUUUGAAUGAUUCUAGAGAGAAGAGCUAUCUGUUCAAUUUCAUGGACACACCAGGCCAUCCUAAUUUUUCAGAUGAAGUUACUGCAGCUAACAGAAUCUGUGAUGGAAUGUUGCUGGUAGUGGACGUAAUUGAGGGUGUAACACUAUUCACUGAAAGAUUAAUUAAAGAGGCUUUGAGAUCUUAAAUGGACAUCGUAGUCGUCAUCAAUAAAAUGGACAGACUUGUGUUAGAGCUCAGACUUCCUCUGAACGACGCCUAUCAUAAAAUAAAGCACACUUUAGAUGAAAUAAAUUUCAUAGUCUAGACUUUCUAACUCAAACUUAACAAGCAAAGUACUUAGGGAAGAUUCUAGUCUAGUUAAAAGUAGAUAUCCCCAGUAAAUAACAAUGUUUUAUUUGCCUCUACUCUGUUUGGAUGUAUAUUCAGUCUUAAGUCUUUCUCAUAGAAAUACUAAGAGAUGUACCAAAAAGAGUCUAAUUAGUACUAGAGACACAGCUAAAAAAUUCAAAAUAGUGAAUUAGACCCAUCGAAAUUCACUAAGUUCCUUUGGGGUGAUAUUUUCUAUAAUGAGGAGAGCAGAAAGUUCUAAAGAAAAUCUGAAGGACUUCCCAGAAGUUUUGUUCAUUUUAUACUAGAGCCUUUUUACAAGCUAGUUUCGCAUACUUUAAGUAAUGAGAAAGCAGAGCUUAUGCCUAUUUUGAAGAAAUUGGGAAUAUUUUUGAAUAAGAAAGAUUACCUGCUCGAUAUUAAGCCCUUACUAAAGCUAGUAUUGACUAAGUUCUUUGGGUAAGUUGACUGUCUUGUUGAUAGUAUGGUAGAGCACUUAAAGAAUUCAUAAGAGGGCACAGCAUUGAAAGUUUAGAAUUUCUACAGAAACUCUAACGAUGAUGGAGAUAUAGUCCAAAGAAUAUCAAAAUGCGAUCCUAAAGAGAAGCUCCUAAUAAACAUAGUUAAAUUGUACUACAAUGAAAGUCAAGGAAAUUUCCAUUGCUUGGGGAGAAUUAUUUCAGGAACUAUUAAAAGGGGCAUGGAAUUGAAAAUACUAGGAGAGUAAUACACACUGGAGGAUGAAGAAGAUAUGGUCCAUAAAAAUGCUGGCAAAAUAUGGAUAAUGCAAGCUGGGGGAAGAUAUAAAAUUGACCUUGAUAUGAUGACUUGUGGAAACUGGGUAUUAAUAGAAGGAAUAGAUUAAUCUAUAACAAAGACUGCUACGAUAGCUGAUCCUGAUUUUGAUGGUAUUGACAUCUUCAAGCCCCUUGAUUUCCAAUCAGAAUCUGUAGUGAAAGUAGCAUUAGAGCCAUUGAAUCCAUCAGAGCUUCCUAAGAUGCUAGAAGGUCUUAGGAAAAUAAGCAAGACUUAUCCUUUAGCCAAAACUCAUGUUGAAGAGUCUGGUGAGCACAUUGUAAUUGGUACUGGUGAGCUCUAUAUGGAUUCCAUAUUUCAUGACUUGAGAAAACAAUAUGCUGAGAUAGAAAUUAAAGUCAGUGAGCCCUUUACCUCUUUCUGUGAGACUGUUAUUGACACUUCAUCUGUCCAAUGCAUUUCAGAGACUCCAAACAAAAAGAAUAUUUUAAAGAUGUCAGCUGAACCUCUAGAUAAAGGACUUUCUUAAUAUAUUGAGGCAGGCUUAUUUGAAUUAAUACCAGAUCUUCUUGUAAACGAGUUCUAGUGGGAUGAACUUAAUGCUCAGUCAAUCUGGGCUUUUGGACCUCAUAGAAAAGGUACGAACAUCCUAAUGGACUAUACUAUAUCAUCAGAGACAGAUAAAUAAAGAUUAGGUCAGGUGAGAGAUUUUAUUGUAUAAGGAUUUUAAUGGGCAACUAAGGAAGGACCUCUUUGCGAGGAGCCAAUAAAGAAUUCUAAGUUUAAAAUUUUAGAUGGAAGAUUUGCAAAUGAACCAAUCUAUAGAGGAGGUGCUCAAGUUAUACCCACAACUAGAAGAGCAUGCUAUAGUUCAUUCCUAUUAGCAUCACCUAGAGUUAUGGAACCAAUAUUCGUAGCUGAAGUUACUUGUCCUCAUGAUUGUAUUGAAGCUAUCUAUAACGUUUUACUGAGAAGAAGAGCACAUGUUGUUCAUGAAGAACCUAAACCAGGCUCGCCACUAUAUGUCCUGAAAAUAGAAAUACCAGGAAUUGAAUCAUUUGGAUUUGAAACUGAUCUCAGAACUCACACAGUUGGAUAGGCAUUCGUCUUAUCUCAAUUUUCUCAUUGGGCAGUAGUUCCUGGAGAUCCACUCGAUAAAACAAUCUAGUUGAGGCCUUUGGAACCUAGUCCAGUCCCAAGUCUUGCUAGAGAAUUUAUGGUAAAGACUAGGAGAAGAAAGGGAUUACUAGAAGAUGUGAGUAUUGCUAAAUUCUUUGAUAGUGCUAUGAUGAUUGAACAAGCAAAGAAUGAUCCUUAAUUAUAGGCUUACUUUUGA